AUGACUUCAUCAGCAACAAUCACAUGUGACCGAUCCGACACUAACUACGAUCUUUGCUCAAUCAGUGGCUCAUGUGCUCUAGACCCAAGAACCGGAACUAUCACUAUUUUGGACCCCACAUUCACCACAUCAGCAACACCUGUCGAGAAAAUCAGACCAUACCCAAGAAAAACAGAUAAGUGGAUCAUGCCUAAAAUCAAAGAGCUAACACUAACCUCUAGCCCAAUGGGCAUGACUCGAUCAUGUGACAUAACACAUGAUUCGCCGACGACUGUGUUCAGCGCCGGAGGUUACACCGGAAGCAUCUAUCAUGACUUCAUAGACGGUUUCAUUCCGCUUUUCAUUACAGCCAACAUGGUAUUCCCCGACCGAGAUAUCGUACUCGUGCCUCGUCUCAUAUUGGUAAGUCGAUAUGGUAACAGUGGUCGAGUGGUAUUAAACGAGAAAGAGAUUAAAGAGAUGCUUGAAGAUGUUGGAUUCGAGGUAAUCAUAUUUAGACCAUCAAAAACGACGAGUUUGAGAGAAGCGUAUAAACUCAUAAAGUCAAGCCACGGGAUGGUUGGGGUUCAUGGUGCAGCAUUAACCCACUUGUUGUUUCUUAGACCCGGUUCGGUGUUGGUUCAGGUGGUUCCGGUUGGACUAGGUUGGGUGGCUAAAACGUGCUUCGAAUCGCCGGCUAAGGCAAUGAAGUUAGAGUAUAUUGAGUAA